AUGGAAACUCAGAUUCGUGACUUGGAAGCCCAGUUGGAGGAACUGGAUCAGUUUCCAGGCGCUAUCAUUGAUCGUGGGGAGAUGGUGGAAACCAGCGAUGAUCAGGACAUUUUAUCAUCUCCCCACAGUAGUUUCUCAUUCACGGAUAAUGAUGACGAAGACGAACGCGAAGUUGACGGUCUGAACAACUUCAACAUCAUUCUCGAAUACCCAGAGUUGCAGUACGAAUACAGAGAGCUUGAAGAUUUCGAAACGGAAUAUAUGGAUUGGUUUACUGCUGCAGAUCUCAAGGAAUUAAGCAACAUCAAGAAACUUGCCACGCAAAAUCAAACUCCCUCAGAUCUUGUCAAAAAAUUGAUUGACACUUCAGACAAAUCAGCAUUGCAUAUACUCAUAUGUUUGGAAUACAUAGCAAUGGGUCAAUAUGGGGAGAUAUCAGAAAUAAGUGAACUUACCACCAAAAUAAUAGACAAUUCUUGCUUAUUUUUAAGUCACGAGGUGCUUCUCCCUAUUUUGGAGAUUCUAAGCUCUAGACUCAUUCGCCUGAGUGAUUUGAAGAACCAAGAAAAACCGCUCAAUCACAAACAGCUCCGAGUGUGGUCUUCGCAAUUGUAUCACUCCAUGACCAUUGUUUAUACUGUUGUCCUGGCUACUUUGACAACCAAAGAAAAAGUGCGAUUCUUGGCCGGCAUCAUCGAUACGAGCCAGCUUCUUACUACAAUGAUGAGGGCAAUUGAUAACUGGCGCUGGCUGACUGCAGAUGCCAAUGACAAGGAGCUGGGCUCUGCGUUGGACAACUCAGUGGUUCAUUAUUUCAAACUGCGCAAUGUCAUAAUGCUUCUCUCAAAGCUGGUAUUGCUUCAAUUCGGAGACUCCGAGCUCCUGCAGUCCACAAAAUCUUUUCUCAGAUUCAAGUGUGAAUCUGGUCAUGUCUUUGGCAACGCCCCAGGAACUCGUGGAGCAAAAGUUGAGACUAUCACUCCUCUUGACUACCAGUACUUCCGCAAGGAGCUCAUCGCCAGAUACCCUACCUACUCGCCUCCUGAGCAUAAAGUCUCUGAUAUUUUACAAAUGAACGUCGAGCAAGAUAAUGAAAGUUGCUCAAAGUUGAUCAACACUUCUGCGCUAUUAAUCAACCAGAAACAUCAUCUACGCAAUAAGUUGCCAAAUUCGCAAAAUAGCUGUCCUCCAGAGAUACAUAUAGCAACACCCGCCCCAUCGCCAACUUUGAGCCCACAGCACACGGGAGGGUCUAGAAGCUCUAACAUCUCUGAGGUCGAACAUGUGAACGGGCAAGGUCGUAAAAAGGUUUUUAUCACACAGCCCCAGUUCGCCAAUUUGUAUCCUUUCUCUCAUGAUAUACCUGUGAGCAUCCAGGAGGCAACGAGAAUUUUCCAUGCUCAUGUCUCUGAGUCCUUCAGUGCUUUACAAUUUACCGAUGUAUUCGAAGAUUUCAUCAGGCAAGAAAAGGGUAUCACUGAGCCUACUCGCUCAAAAUUUAUUUAUACCGAGAAAGACAUUGAGAAGAACCCAAUUUUUGCUGAUGAGCUCGUGUCAUUGCAACGUGUCGAGCAAUUCUACCAUUCAACAUUGCCCUACUUGAAUUCACUGGCGGCAGUAUUGAUUCAGAUCAUAUCUUCGAAUGUACUUCCUGCUUCGGGGUAUAAAUCCGCAGAAAACCCAUUUUUACCGCCUAAGAAACCUUAUAAUAUCUCUGCUAUGUCCAACUACGACAAACAAAAGCUUGAUUUGAUGCGCAUCAAAGAAACCUGCUUGAAAGCAGCUUCCACUACCAUAUUCCUACUGCUCAAGUGGUUCAAAAUGUCACAUAUUUUGAAACAGGAAUAUUUUGCUCUUUUGCUGUUUGACAACGAUCUAUACUUAAACCUCUUCCGCUUCCUUGGAAGCAAUCAAAUGCAGACACAGCUUGAGAACUCUUUUGAUUUCAACGACCCCGAGACUUUAUUGAAAAAUAGAGCUGUCUUUUGUGAUUAUGAGGUGCUGUACGAUUCAAAGGAAUACAACUUUUUCAGAGCCGCAACUUCAUUUUGUCGUCAAGCUCCGCAGAGUCCAAGGUACAAUUCUGAAGAUAUAUUUGAAGUGAACGAGCAAGCCUAUGAAACUUACAUUCCACCGUUCAACGGACAAUCACAUGUGAAAAUACUGAAGCCCAAUCAUCGUUAUUGUACAAUCAUUACACAAUUGUUGCGAAGCUUGUACUCAACCAUUUCCAACUAUAAAAUCCAACGAAUCUACAAGCUCUUGGAAGUGCGACCAACAGAAAGCUUGCGGUUUCUCCUGACGAUUUACAAUCCCAAUUUCUAUAAACCGGUUUUGAAGGUUAUCAAACUGAUUUGUCCAUUCAAUGGCAAAAAGUGGCGCUCCAACAACAUGGAUCUUAUUUCCUUUGUGUAUCUAUUCUACAAAGUGGGGCUCCGCGACCAAUGGCUAAACAAUCUUUUCAUCUUUAAUCUCAACGAACGAUUGAAGCGUUCUUGGGAAAAUGAGUACGCAUUGCGCAGUUUGCUCAAAUUUUAUAACGCCACGUAUUAUUCUGACCAAAUGGUCAACUUUGGCUACGACAAUAUUCCACCUUUGAAACAAGAAAUGUUUCUUGAAGAGGGCUGGAAAGAUGAUAUAUAA